AUGCAGGAGCUUAGCUUGGUAAAUUGCAUCAUCAGCCCUGGAAGAGGACUGGCUUGCGUAUUAGGGAAGUUCCGGAACUUGGAGAAAAUUCGCUUGGACAUGCGCGUUGGAGUAAGAAACUCUGACAUUAGUCUAAAAGUUAUUGCUCUGAACUGUCCGAUGCUUGAAACGGUGAGGAUAUCAUUCUCUGACGGGGAGUUCCCUUCGUUUUCAUCGUUUACUUUAAACGGUAUUCUUAGUCUGAUCCAAAAUUGCCUAGUUCGGGAACUUGCUCUCGACCAUGUCUAUUCCUUCACUGAUAUCGGGAUGGAAGCUCUAUGCUCAGCUCAGCAUUUAGAAACCCUGGAGCUUGUGAGAUGCCAAGAAAUAAGCGAUGAGGGGUUGCAGCUAGUAAGUCGGUUUCCCCGUAUCCGUGUUUUGCGGCUGAGCAAAUGUUUGGGGAUUACAGAUGAUGGGUUCAAAACUCUUGUUGGUUCAUACAAACUGGACUUAUUGGCUGUUGAGGAUAGUCCUCAAACUUCCGAAAGAGCAAUCUACGGUGCCGCUAGAUCGAUAUUGUUCCGGCGAGAUCUGUCAUGCAUGUAUUGA